AUGUUGCUUGGGUGGGAGCCGGAAGGUGACAAUGAGGCCUUGGUGACGAUAGGAGAAGCAUUCAAGAUCCACGGUCUCAUCAACCUGUCCAUCUCAAAACGAAAUGCGUUGUUAACCGAUUCUUCCGAUAUGGAUGACUUCCUCAGCACGCAACACAUUGAUCCAACCUUACUAAUGGCUUCCAUCUUAGCACCGCCUCCUGGAUCCAGCACUGAGUUUCACACAGAGGAGGAUCCUUCAGUUCGGGAAGAGAAGAUCAGAAAGCAAGCCGUUCAAGUAGUUCGUUCUUUGACCUCUAUCCCACCUACGCACUCCGGUACAAACCUGCAAGCAAUUACGCUACUUACAGCGGGAUCUGAACUCAAAGCUGAGGACUAUGAAGACCACGAGCUGGUUUCACAACGUUUUCGAGCCUUGUACUCGAUAAAUCAUAUCCGCUCAAACCUAAGAGCCCUGGAUCUUUUGCUUGAACUUUGGGAGUUGCGAGAUGCGGGGACCGAAAUCACAACGCCGAAUGACGUAAUAUACAUGCAGCCACUUGGUCUUUUUAUCAACAACAAGUGGGUUGCAGCCAAGUCUGGUGAGGAAAUUACUGUUAUUAGUCCCAUCGAUGAAAUUCAGACCACCAAAGUCCAUGCCGGUGGUGCUGAUGAUAUAGAUGUUGCUGUGAAGGCGGCGCGUGCUGCACUCGAGGGACCUUGGGCUGGUGUCUCUGCCAGGGAUCGCGGAAAGCUCAUGCUGAGACUUGCCGACUUGGCUGAACAACAUACCAAAACACUUGUCUCCAUUGACACAUGGAAGAGCGCUGAUUAUGGCAGGAAACGGUUUUCCUCUGCAUGCGGUGACGCAGGCGAGCUGACAGACGUCCUCCGGUACUAUGCUGGCUUUGCUGACAAGCUCCACGGUCAAGUCAUUGAUACCACGGACAAGAAUUUUGCGUACACUUCUCGAGAGCCUCUGGGCGUCUGUGGUCAAACCAUUCCUUGGAACUAUGCCCUGGGAAUGGCUGGCGGGAAGAUUGCCCCCGCACUCGCUGCAAGUGGCACGAUAACUUGGAGACGUCCUUGCGUGACUAGGGGGCGAGGUGGGCGCUUUCGCGUACUGACCGAAAAACGCAAUUACUCACGAUAA